AUGGCGCCUCCAUCACUGCCAGGUGAGGAAGUCACUCGCGUGAAACAAGAAAUUAUCAGGACUAUCAGGAAUUCGAAAAACCUGUCGCUAGAGGCUGCGCGACUUCGCAAGCAGCUGGUUCAGCUCGAGGCUGAGGUUCAAUGUGACAACAAAACGCUUCGGAUCUAUGUGAACUCGGAUUGGGACGCCGGGUCGCCUGCCAAAGCACUCAAAAUGAAGUUAAGGAGACGAGAGAACAAAAUUUCCUUCGUAAAGGACGGCAUCGAGCAAGCCCAUGACAAACGCGAGACAAUAGAGCACCGCAUGGUACAACGCUGGAAAGACUACAGAAAGCUGCAUUGUUACAUGCUUUGCUAUUCUGCACGACAACUAUUGCCUCGAGAAUUACGAGAGAUGAUAUACCGGUAUAUGUUCAAAGGCGAGCGUGUCAUUGUUGGACAGCACGCAGCUGGUAUUGCGAAGCCUCUUGAAUCCUUACCUGUGCUCCCAAAUUACAUACCGGACAACAAUACCCUGGGUGCUCUCAGUACGGAAAUUGUGGAGGCUUGUUACCUCUCAGCUACGUUUGUCCUAAAGAGCCACGUCUACCUCGAUACUUUCUUGUGCAACGACUGGCGGGACCUCGACUUGCUCCCCAAGCAAAACAUUAGCAAUAUCGAGAUCAACGUCUGUCGACGUGAUCUUGAUCCUUACCCGCAAAAUCCAGUUUCGAUGAGUGAAGGUUUUUAUAUCUCGCCAGAGGAUCAGACUGCUAUUCUCAAGAAAAGCAUGAGAGCGCUUAGGUCCUUGAAAACGAAUGCCAGUAUUGUUAUGAAUCUGGACUUUCAACCACGUGUAUCCCUCGGCUUCAGCGACUUCGACCAUAACCGCCUCCAUCUCUACCUGAAUGUACUGUCCAGUGUUAUCUCAGAAGUUCAUGAUAAGCAGGGCACAGCCAUGCGCGAUAUCAAGAUCUUCAUUAGGAACCAUUUCGACCCGGCCCAGGUUCAUGAGUUCAUGAAGAGCAAUCGUCUAGAGAAGACCGCAGGGGCGUUUCUAUGUGUGCGAAAAAGGUGUCCACAGUUGAAGCAAUUGUUCGUCGGCUGCAAUGAAGAUGAAGUCUAA